AUGGGCCUCACUGGCGCUGGAAAAAGCACAUUCAUUGCCCAAGUCACACAGAAGAGCGCAGACAUCGGGCAUUCGCUAAAGUCAUGUACCACUGAUGUCGUGUUCCAGACAUUGCAGCGAAAGAACGGCCAAACAGUAUAUCUCAUCGACACGCCAGGCUUUGACGACACUCAUUUGGAAUACGCAGCAGUGUUCCGAAAGAUUGCUUCAUUCAUCUGUACCUACUGCGAUGGCUAUGGGCGUAGCAUUCCAAUCGGAGGCAUGAUCUAUGUGCAGCGAAUAACAGACAUGAGAAUGUCGGGAUCUUCACUCAAGAGCCUCCGGAUUUUUGAGAAGAUCUGCGGCGAGCGACACUUUCAGGACGUUGUGAUUGUCACAACGAUGUGGAACUCGCUGAAGACGAAGGAAGCGCAUGAUGCCGCAACGAUGCGUGAAAAGAUGAUGGGGGAAAGACCCGAGUUCUUUGGAAAUAUGAUGCGAAAUGAAGCUAGAAUGGAGCGAUACCAAGGCGAUACCUAUAGCGGCAUCCGGAUCGUCGAACUAUUGGCAGAGAGACGGAGAAUAAUCACUCUGCAAUUGCAGCGCGAGAUGGGACGAAACGUAGCAACGAAACUCGAAGACACGACAGCGGGAAGAUAUAUCGACGGUGAACUGGCCAAUGCACGCGAGAAGUACGAGACGCAAAAGCGAGAGCUAGAGGAAUGUGCAGAGGAGGCUGAAGAUGAUGAGGACCUAAGAAGCGAGUUCUUCGAGCAAGCUGAAGACUUCACUCGCCUGGUCGACAACAUCGUAACUGAUCAAAAGAGUCUUUCCGUCACACUCGAAGACAUGCGAAAUGAGCAGGUGGCAUCGUGUAGCAUAGGUCGCAACGAUCAGGCGGAGGAUACCUUGCAUGAGAACAACUCCGCGCGCAUCUUCGAGCUUGAGUAUGAGGUUCAAGGGCUGAAAAGAGUGAUAGAAGAGCAGCGUGUAGAAGGACUCCUGGCACAACGUGAAGGCAUCGAACGAAUCGACGCCGCCAGGCAGGAGAUAGCAGAAGCCAAAGAACGAGAUCAAGUUGUGCGAGAGAAAACAAAGGAAAGGCGACCAAAAGAGGUCAUCACGUGGAUGCGAGAGUUCUUAGCUGGAAGACCCGCUGGAGAUAUUGUACCACCACCACGUCGAGCCGAAUCCAUGCCCAUAGAUCCAAAGGGCUCUAAGAAGCCUGGUUCAAAAGCCUGGAAGCGGAGCCGGUCAAAGGGUCGUCAGAGCGGUAGACCGAACAUCAAGCGCACAUCCUCGGAUGAUCACCCAAAACAGUCCUCCACUUCUUCGCAAUACCUCCAGGAUCAACAGACCGACGAGCCUGGCUCCCUCGAUGUAUCAGAAAACGAGUAUGAGAGCGAUGUGGAGGACUCGGCGUCUCCAAUGUAUACGCCGUAUCACACUCAUUCGUAUACACCUGUGGCCCCGUACGCACAUAACAGCACAGUCUCCGUCCAAGUCGUACCAUGUACGUUUGAGGACGGCACGAAGGUCUAUCUCGUCGAUACCCCAGGUUUUGACGACACCUAUCGGUCCGACUCCGAAAUCCUGCGUGAAGUCGCGCUCUGGCUGAACAAGGCGCACACGGAAAAGUUGCAACUGGCUGGCAUCAUCUUCCUUCAACGGAUCUCAGAUGUCCGAGUAGGCAAUAGCGGAGUUAAGAACAUCAAAAUGUUCCAAAAGCUGUGUGGUGACGGCCCGUUGUCAAGCGUGGUAUUAGCGACGACAAUGUGGGACAUGGCCUCACCCAAUGCUGCAAUCGAACGCGAGAGAGAAUUACAAGAACAACCACAAUACUGGAAACGGAUGAUAGACUACGGGAGCUGCGUAAUGCGUCACGACAAAGGAAAGUCGUCAGCGCUCGAAAUCAUCAAAUACCUGAUGAAGCGAAAGAAGCCCGUAACACUCGACAUACAACACGAGAUGGUGGACCAGAAUCUCGAACUAGUCGACACAGGCGCUGGAGGCGCCCUAGCAUCAAGUGUAGAGGGGCUCAUCAAACACUACGAGAGGAAGCUAAAAGAGCUGGAACAAGAGCUCAGGGAAGCACACGCCCAAAGCAACAAAGAGGACCGCGAGAUUUUGGAAGCAGAUAAAAAGCAAUACCAAGACAAUCUCGCGAAGCAACAGCAGGAAAUGCAGAAUUUACAGGUUAGUGCGGCGCAGCUGAUAGAGGAUACUAAGAAGCGGUUUGAAGAGAGCGAGGUGUCGGCUAGGGAGAAUAUGCUACGAGCUCAGGCGGAUCAUGCCGCAGAGCUGGAGAAGCAGAGGGUGGUGUUGCAGAGACAGUUUAAGGAGAAGUAUUUGCAGAUGAUGCAUGAGCGGGCGUGUAAUGUAAUGUAG